AUGCGUAAGCUACGUGGUGGUGUGACUAAGGAAACGAAGCGAGACAAGCUCCAACGGAGGAAAGAUGUGCGAGUUCUCCCCGAUCAAAUAAAAAAAAUUGUCCUUCCAACUUUACUAUCAAUAAUAGCCGGCCUCAUCAUAAUUGUGUUUCUUCUUACGCGCGGCACUGUGAAGGAAAGUGAUUGA